GCAUCGCAUCCAAGGUUGUUAAUUCAAAGCGCUCAAUUCAAUGUGUCUUUCAAUGAGUAUGGGUUUGUGUGUUAUCACCUGGAUGUUUGUUUUGUUUAUUUUGGCGUCAAAUGGGCUCAGUAGUUAUGAUUUAAAAUUCAUCGAUGAACCAAGUGACGUAUAUGGCUUAGAGAAUCAGCAGAUCACUCUCGGCUGUUCAGCUGUUGGUUCUCCAAAUAUCAGCAUAACUUGGCAUAAACAGGACAACACAUCUUUUUCUCAAGGUCGUGCAAAAGUAAUUGGAAAUACUGUUCAUUCUUCACAUAGCUUCCAGCUGACUAAUGACAAUGAAGGGGAAUAUUAUUGUAAUGCAUCAGAUACUUUUCGCUGGAUACUAUCUAAACAAGCAAAUGUUAGAGUUUCAUUUCUGAAUGAAAAAUUUAAUAUGGAGCCCCAAAGCAAAACAUCCAAUGUUGGAGAUACAGUUCUUCUGGAGUGUGCCCCUCCUUACGGUCUUCCUAAUCCAACUGUUGAAUGGUUGAAGGAUAAUUCAACGUUAUUACCUGACAAUCGUCUGCAGCUUUUGGAUGGAGGGAGUUUGCGAAUCGAUAGAAUAACCUGGCAAGAUGCUGGAUACUAUACUUGUAUAGCUAAGUCGUUUGCUCAUCGUCGAGAAAGCGCGAAGGCCUACCUCACUGUUCGACAACGUCCAUUUUUCAUUAUUUCUCCCAAAAGUCAGUCAGUACCCGUACAUAGUGUCUUCGAACUGAAUUGUCGUGCUGCCGGUGAGCCGCCUCCUGUUGUAGUUUGGCGUAGAGAACCUUCGUUACCGAGUAUUCCGUAUUCACGAGUCAGGCUACUCCUGGGUGGAACUCUACGUUUCAUUGGUGUUCAGACAAAUGAUUCCGGAUAUUAUGUUUGUCGUGCAGUUAGUUCAACCGGUGUUGUUGAAGCAGUUGCAUAUAUAAACGUUGUUUCACCUCCAGGUUUGGUUGUAACACCUCCGAGUAAACUAUAUACAUACGAAGGAAAUCGCGUUGAACUUUUCUGUAGUGUGGUAGGCUCACCGUUACCUGAUGUUCGUUGGUUACAGUGGUCAACUAAGAAGUAUUUCAUUCCAUCCGUAGGUGAAUCAGAACGAAUACAUGUCACUGGUUCUGGAAGUCUCAUUAUACUUGCAGCUAGGCCAGAAGACACCUCCACCUAUGAAUGCCGAGCUUCAUCUCCCGUUGGCUUAACUAGAAGCCUAACUGAUGUUCAGGUGCAGUUUAAUCCAAAGCUAAUUCCAGGUCGCGUGGGUGCUGUCUCAAGUUCUUACAUUUUCGGUGAGUUAUUCAGCAAACCAACGGCAGUGAGGAUUGUUUGUGGAGUUCCACUGGAUCCUGUUUUCAUUUCUUUACAUGGGGCGCAGUCUAUUAGUAAAAACAGUGAAAUAAAUAUGAGACCACACUUAAUGUGGCAACAUAAUGGCGAGUUAAUUCCCAUAUCGAGAUCGUCAAACUCUCGGGUUUCAGUAGAGACUGAUGGAUCUCUGCUCUUGUACCCAUUUAAACCGGAUGAUAUUGGGAAUUACACUUGUUCAGUUUACAGGAAAAUAAGUCACAGGUUUGCGCAGUACACGUUUGUUUUGAGAUUAAGGGAAUCUAAUGGCUCUGAUUAUCAGCCGCGUACAAUAAAACAGUUGCCAUCUCCACCAACAGAUGUAAAAAUUUUGAGUGUAAGUGACACAUGGAUGGUAUUAAAAUGGUCUGACAAUAACCCAUCUGAAUCAUCAAGUUAUAGGGUGUACAUAUUACCACAAAUCCAUUCAUCAUCGACGGUCGCAGUCCAAGGUCUUCAGAGGCUUGAAGAUAAUCAAGUUAUUGAAGAUCACAUAACGCCGAGCAAGGGUGAGUCACCAAACAGAAAAGCUUUUAAGUUGGAUAAUUGGUUGGUUGCAGUAGAAAAAACCUAUCUCACGCAAACCCGUAUUACAGGAUUGUUGCCUGAUACUGGCUAUUGGGUUGAAGUUAGGAAAGUUAAUAACUUUGGAAUGAGUGCUGGAAAUUUGUUACCCAAUCUAGUAUAUACAACAAGAAAGCCAUCUGAGGUUAAGUUUCUGUUUCCCUCAAAGACAAACGAAACAAUUUCUGACAUUUCAUUAAAGCAUCCGGGCACACUGUUUUCUGGUGGCCAAACAGCGGUUGAUUUUCAAGAACUCGUGUCAACAUUUCAAUCUAUCGACUUGCAUCGUAUAUCUGUUCGAACUCUCUCAUCAUCUGAGCUUCUAGUUAGUUGGACUGCAAGGGCUUCUAAUGAAGUGCUCAAGCGCAUUGAUGGCUUCAGAUUAAACGUCAGAUCUGUCCCGAUGUCGCGCUGCAUAGCUGCUGUUACAUCGCAGCCACCAAGCUAUUCUUCCGUACAUCGGAGUGUUGAAGAGCACGGAUCUUCGGAUGUUUAUGACAGUGAUAAUAAUGACUUCUCACUUACCAGCUCCAUUCACUGUAGUUUCACAUCUUCUAAGCUCCUGGAACAAACAGUUUUAAUGGCCAAUACCAAUUCACUGCAUGUAAACAACAAGGAUAUGUUGUCCCUGCGGGAGACGGAACCGGACACCCAAAGCAUCAUUAUUAGUCAAAGCGUGUCUCGAGAUUACCCUAAUGCAAAAGCUGUUGUCGGCAACCUGUCUCCGUUCAGCUGCUACGAAAUUGAUAUUGAGGCCUUCAAAGAUGAUUCAACAUAUGGCCGGAUUUUGAGCAGAUCUAGCCGCUCCGAGUUAGCCUUGACUCUUGAUGCUCCACCUAGCUUCUCACCACAACUAAUAAGCGCUGAAUGGAUCUUUCAAGUUAAUCCUCCCAGUGAUGAUUACGUGUCGCAAGGUCGAAGUACCAACUAUUCUCAUUCGCCUGAUGGUAUUCGUCUGUCAUGGAAGCCUCUUGAAUUGAGAGUAGCAAACGGUGCAAUUUUGGGAUAUACAUUGCACAUUUUGGCAAAUGAAAGUCAAUUCAGUCGUUCACUACAUGUAUCUGCAGAUGUCCACUCCAAAAGUAUUCAAGGUUUAAAUCCAUUUGUCGAUUAUGUUAUCUACAUAUCCGGAGUAAACUGCAGAGGAGAAGGUGUGCGUGGACCUGGAUACCAUCUCAAGUCAGUUGUUACGGGGUUGCAAAAUCCUACUACUAAGUCUUCUGAUUAUGAAAUGAAUAUUUUGGAACACUUCACUUUCCCCUUGUGGGCUUAUAUUUUACUUUUCGGCUUUAUUAUCUUCUGGAUUAUAUUUGGGCUGUUGAUUCACUUUGUUGUUCGUCAGACAUCAAGGAAGCAAUGUUUUAAAUCUCCAAAUCAUUAUUUCACAACCACUUCGCAUAUAGAUAUACAACAUGGCAAAUCUGUUCAAAACGAUGCAUUACGUGAGCUUAGAUUUGGACUUUGUUGUUGUACAUCUUUGACUCUUCGCAAAAACAAACCAGAGAAUAUUCGUUCUAAUGUUGAAAAGACUAUGGGUGUCGUCUUAAUGAGUAAUAGGCAGCAAGAUCCUGAAACAGGACAUCUGCUUCAUCGCUUAGACUCAUCUCAGUCAAAAAUGUAUAAUGACAAACUUGCUUCUGAAGGUAGGUCAUUGCAAAUACGUACAGCUUCUGGUAAAAAUGAACACACUUCUGAAUGUGGACGUACUCUUUCACAACCGUUUGAAUGUAACAAUCGUACCUUGACAUGUAAUGGAGAUGUUGAAGUGUACUCCAGUAAUGAACCCUAUGUCAGUGCCAAUAUGAAUCAUUUACCUUCAGUGGUCAUGAAGGUGACAACAACCGCGUCUAGUAGUAGUAAUGCAACUGUCCCAAGCCAUAAUAGUCUAAUCGAAGAAAACCUAUCAGAUGAAACUCACUCUGGUGGCAGACCGAAACUACCGGACUCAAUAAACAUACCUUUCCCUGUUCCUCCGAAUUGUCAAUCAAAUUUAGCCUAUCAGACGAAUUUGUUAAGUUUAUCGAAUUCAUCCAAUUUACUGAUAUCUCCGGAGGUUUAUGCAGGAAACCAAUUAGAUGAAUCUGAAGAUCAAAGAAACUUCAAUUCUGGAGACACUGUGCCUGCAUAUGCAAGUUGCUCAGUAUUUAGUGUUCGCAAGACGGAAGCAGAUGAGCAUAGAAAACCAUCAGGAAUUGUGCUAAUGCGUGACAGUGGUAACUUACGUAUGGAAAUGGAAGAAAAUAGUCAGCCUGGUUUCACUUCAAAUUCAUUCAGUCUAGGCGAUCACUUAAAUCCACUGGAAUCUCAAGAAUCUAUGAAUGCGAAUCAGUUGACAGUAUCUAAUUGUAAUUGGCAAUUUAUUCCGCAUACUUCCUUAAAUAGUCCAAUAAUAAUUCGUGAAGAAAACAGGAGACAAAAUACUAUCCCUCCACCGCCUGAAUAUCCGCCUCCACCGUUACCGUCAAAUUCAUCUAAAUUUACAGAUCUUCCUAAUUUAUGGAUUCCAAAUCCUACAACUGGAGAUGGUUUACAAAGAGGUGAAUUAAAAGAUCAGCAGCAGCAGCAGCAUCAACUACGUUUUGUCUCAGAUGACAGCAGUUUACCAAGUGGUGGAACCUAUCUGUCAAACUGUUACUCGCCUGCAUCAGCAGCAGCCUAUGCUGAAACCCAUUAUGUUUCCUGUACUAUAUCAAAUCCAAAUGUUGUUGGCUUUCGUGGUGUUGGAUCUUGUAUUGUCAAUAACAAGGCAAAUAACCUAUAUGAAUUAUCACCAACAAAUCAUCAUCUUUCAAAGACAUAUCUCUUACCAAAUGAUCAAAAUGCAACAGAAUUUCGUGAAUCAACGUGUUGUAGUGCCAACGGUGGUGGAGUUCAUCGUCUCAGUCCAUUGGGUGGUAAUGCUUAUCCAAAUACCUCAGCAGCAGCAGUUAUAGCCAAUCCUGGACAAUAUCCAUCGCAUAUUCGAGUUAAAAAUGGUCAAUCAUUAUUUAUUGCUGGUGGAAGUAGCAGCAGUGGAUUAUCAGGUACAAGUGGUCUAGGAAGUACUGCAAUAGGAAGUGGAAGUGCUAACUUUCCUGGUUAUCCACGACCUGGUGACACACAUGCAAUCAAUGGAUUCACAUCUGGCAGUGAUUCAUCCAACUGUUCAAAUCUACAAAUGAAUAUGAUGCUUCAAAAUAAUAAUAAUAAUAAUAAUAAUAAUAAUAAUAAUAAUACUUCAGCGUAUUCAUCUCCAUCAGAACAACACAUUAUUUCUUCUAAUUCAAAGCCAGUAUCUUUUUCAAAAAAUCCUUCCUCAUCAUCUUCUUCAUGUACUUCAAAGAAUGGAAUGAUGAUGAAAGAGUCGGAGCAUUUUUCAGGUCGCCUUAAUGACACUAAUAAUAAUUCAGUGUCAAAAUCAUUUCAAUCCACCUUACCAGAACAUAUUUCGUCCAACAAUUGUAUGCAGUUGUCAUCAUUAUUCAGAUAUGAUGAACUGUUGUCCCCGCAACAGUCAUCAAAGAGUCCCUUAGUUGUCUGUAAUCAUCCAAUCAUCUCGGGUAGAGUAAAUUUUCAUGAUUUCCCUGAACAAUCAACACCACAGUCUACACAGUCAAACACAACAUCACUGGUGCAACGUAAUCAUCGUUUUACAGAAUCCAGUAUUAAUAAUAAUAUUAUAAUAAUAAUAGUAUGAGUCAUACAAAUGAAAUGGAUAAAUCUACAACAUCAGCAACGACAAGGUUAUCUAAUCGUAAUUCAAGAAAACCGCCAACUACUAGUAACGAUAGUAACGAUAGACUCUAGAGAUACUAUUUAAACACAGCGUCUUUUUGCCUGUCUCGUCAAUUGUUUACUUAUUAUUUUAGAAGAUUAUUGCAGAGAUUUGUGUUUUACAUAUGUAUAUAUAUAUUGGAUUGAUUAAUCAUCGCUUCAUAUUGCACUAUUCAUUGAUUUUUGUUGCUGUUGUUGUUGUUGUGUGCAUAUAAAAUCUACUUUCAUCAAUCUCUGUGGUGUUUGAUUGCAUUUAGCUCUUACAGGUGUAUGUAUGGAUAGAAUAAAGAGAGUUGGAAUGUAGGCAAAGGUACUGACGAUCUCCAUAU